UAAUAGUCCGGCGGCCGCGAAUUGCGAGGGUUUGGAAAAGGGUCUACGCUUUCCCGUCCAGUUGGCCUGCUCAGGGCUUCCCUAGUGCUUAGAAUCUGAGAAAAAUGGCAAAUAUGGAUAAUGAUUCUAGACAUCUUCUCAACUCUGAAGUAAAUCAUGAAAUAAAUCCUGGACCUAUGAAUAUCCAGUUUGAGUCAUCAGAUCUAAGAUCUAAAAGGCCUUUCUAUAUAGAGCCCACAAACAUCGUCAGCGUGAAUGAUGUCAUUCAGAGGGUUAGUGACCAUGCCUCUGCUAUGAACAAGAGGAUUCAUUACUACAGCCGGCUCACCACUCCUGCAGACAAGGCCCUGAUUGCUCCAGACCAUGUAGUUCCAGCUCCUGAGGAAUGCUAUGUUUAUAGUCCAUUGGGUUCUGCAUAUAAACUUCAAAGCUGCACUGAAGGAUAUGGUAAAAACACCAGUUUAGUAACCAUUUUUAUGAUUUGGAAUACCAUGAUGGGAACAUCUAUACUAAGUAUUCCUUGGGGCAUAAAACAGGCUGGAUUUACCACUGGAAUGUGCGUCAUCAUACUGAUGGGCCUUUUAACACUUUAUUGCUGCUACAGAGUGGUGAAAUCACGAACCAUGAUAUCUUCAUUGGAUACCACUACCUGGGAAUAUCCAGAUGUCUGCAGAUAUUAUUUUGGUUCCUUUGGGCAGUGGUCAAGUCUCCUUUUCUCCUUGGUGUCUCUCAUUGGAGCAAUGAUAGUUUAUUGGGUGCUUAUGUCUAAUUUUCUUUUUAAUACUGGAAAAUUUAUUUUUAAUUUUAUUCAUCACAUUAAUGACACAGACACUACACUGAGAACCAAUAAUAGCAACCCUGUGAUUUGUCCAAAUGCUGGGAGUGGUGGCCAUCCUGACAAUGGCUCUAUGAUUUUCCAUGCCAAUGACACAGAAGUCCAACAGUUUGAAAAGUGGUGGAAUAAGUCCAAGACAGUGCCGUUUUACCUCAUAGGGCUUCUCCUGCCACUGCUCAAUUUUAAAUCUCCUUCGUUUUUUUCAAAAUUUAAUAUCCUAGGCACAGUAUCUGUUCUCUAUUUGAUUUUUCUUGUUACCUUGAAAGCUAUUCGCUUGGGAUUUCAUUUGGAAUUUCACUGGUUUAUGCCAACAGAAUUUUUUGUACCAGAGAUAAGAUAUCAGUUCCCACAGCUGACUGGAGUGCUUACUCUUGCUUUCUUUAUUCAUAAUUGUAUUAUCACACUCUUGAAAAAUAACAAGAACCAGGAAAACAAUGUGAGGGACUUGUGCAUUGCUUACAUGCUGGUGACAUUAACUUAUCUCUAUAUUGGAGUCCUGGUUUUUGCUUCAUUUCCUUCACCACCAUUAUCCAAAGAUUGUAUUGAGCAGAAUUUUUUAGACAACUUCCCUAGCAGUGACACCCUGUCCUUCAUUGCAAGGAUAUUCCUGCUGUUCCAGAUGAUGACUGUGUACCCGCUCUUAGGCUACUUGGCUCGUGUCCAGCUAUUGGGCCAUAUCUUCGGUGACAUUUAUCCUAGCAUUUUCCACGUGCUGAUUCUUAAUCUAAUUAUUGUGGGAGCUGGAGUGAUCAUGGCCUGUUUCUACCCAAACAUAGGAGGGAUCAUAAGAUAUUCAGGAGCAGCUUGCGGUCUGGCCUUUGUAUUCAUAUAUCCAUCUCUCAUCUAUAUAAUUUCCCUCCACCAAGAAGAACGUCUGACAUGGCCUAAGUUAAUUUUUCAUAUUUUCAUCAUCAUUUUGGGUCUGGCUAACCUGAUUGUGCAGUUUUUUAUGUGAAAACUGUUUUCUUAAGAUCUUUCAUGGUAUUUUGAGCCUUGACAAUAGUUCUACAUAAACUCACUUGUAAAUGCUGUUGCUGCUGUAAUUCUAAAUGUUUUUCUAAAAUAAUUUGAAAGCAAAGGUCUAUUACUAAGUAUUUUUUAUUAGAGUGGGAAAAGGAUCAAUAAGAAUGAAUAGUCUCUUUACCUUUAUCAUAUUCACUUACCUCUUCAUUCUCAUUUGUCUUUUUUAAGUAGAUAUAUAGGAAAAAAAUCAUAGGGUGUCCUGCUUAGAAAUAUAAGGUAGGUGGAUUUAUUUUAGCUAUAAUAAGGAUUCUCAGGGUUUCACAGCAUUUGCUAGCAUAUUACUAGAUCCUGUUUCUGCUUUAUGUUUCCAUGUACUCAAUUUCAUUUUCAUUUUCUAGAGUAUGUCUAUAGGCUUAAACUUCUACCAUUUGGGACUGUAAACCAAAUACCUCAUUUUAAAAAAAAAAAAUGCUUCCAUGGCAUCAGUGUUAAUAGAAUGAAUUCUUAACUGAAUCUUUAAUCUCUGUUUGAAGGGCAAAAAUUUAAAACAGUGUUAGUAUGAGCCUCAUAAUCAGAAAAUUAUGCAAAAUGAAUUAGGAGAGUUUGUAGCGUGUCUGACUCCUCCUUUAUUUCUAACUCAUUUUCAGUUUUGUAGGUUGAAAUUAUAGUUGCCCAAACCAGGUUUUGCAUUGGAGCAAGAAUGAUUGUCCCCAUAGACUCAGGGGACCCUUCUGCUUUUUGGAUCCCUGAAUUGCAGAGGCUGUCAUGACAGGCCCAAUGGGGAAAGCAUGGGCAGAGAGAGGCAUAUGAGGCCAUGCAGGGGAGAAAAGGAAAUGGAGAAGAGGCCUGGGAAGGUAAGGCUCUGCCCAGCAUAUCUUGACUCCUCUGGGAGUGAAAGUGGUUUCUCUACCACAGAGAAGGAUUCAUUCUGUUUAAAACAUGACUUCCAAAAGGAGUCUGAAGUCUGGC